AUGUCAGUGGAACGCCGGUCGUUGAAUGGAGCGGGUCUGGAAACGUGUACAGAAUGCCACAACGUCACGUAAUACUGGACGUUGUGGCUGUGCUAAUCAGCCUUGUCAAUUGCACGUGGAUCAACGUGCAAAACGUGGUAACAGUGCUGGUGUAAGAAAACAUCGUGGUCCACAAACAAUUGUUUGUUCUUGUCAAGUACAGCCAUGUCCGGUACAUCCUGUACUCAUUCGAGUCAGACGCACGAGGACAACCAGCUGCGAUUGUCCGCCUGAAUCACAGCCUUGUCCCCAUGCCAACAAGCUACCAGUUUCACGUCGUGUUAAAAGUGGUACUUCAGGGAUAUCACGUCGUCGUCCCCAAGGAUCUUUCUCACUUCCAUCAGUACCAUUCAUUCCGAAUUCACAAAACCCCAUUGGAAUAAGUGGAUCUUGCAAUUGUCCCACUGGUCCAGGUUGCCCACAUACACCUGGUGAUGAUGGUUGUGAAUGUGUUGCACAACCUUGUUUACAUACAAUUAAAUCAAGAAGACGUAUAUGUGAUUGUACAAUUCAACCAUGCAAUCAUACAAAAACAACAUCAGAUGGUCGUAUGAAACGCGUCAAGUGUCGUGUAAGACGUGCAGGAUGUGCAAUGGCAAGAUGUACUGCUGAAUUAGCAAUGUUAAAACUUCAUUGGGAAUUAGCAACUGAAUGUGCACCGUGUAAACCAAGAGCAUUAACUAGAAGAUUGUGUCGUCGUCAAGCAAGUGAUAAUGAAUUGUACAGAAGUAAUAGUUUUAAAUUUGAACGUUUUGAAAGAACAAAAGACGAUUGUUCAACACCAAGUCAUAAACAGAUUUCACUACGUGAUGAUUAUUGUAUUCCUGUUGACUUCGUUAAUAAACGACGUCCAGCAAGUGCAUCAGCAGUCACUACAACUGUGCAAUGGGCCCUGCCGAGUCCAAGCGUAGAGAACGAAAAAGAAGGUUCUUAUCCAUCAGCGUCAGACUCUUCUUGUGAUAAUGAAAUAACGGGACAAUUAGAAAAAUCAGUUGUUCGUAAAUCAAAUCCUUAUCUUUCUACUGGAAGAACUUCACGUGCAAGUCGUGAUACAAAAGAGACUGUCAACAACACUGUAACUGUCGAUUGUGUUGCCCAAGUUCACGUAUCAGAUCAAUCACCAACUGAAUCUAAUCAACCAAUUCGUCAUCCUUCACCAUAUUAUUACGGCGAUUUAUUUAAAACUCCAGACCAAAUACCAAAAUCUCAGCCAACAAAAUACAGAAAAAGUAUAAGUCUUGACGUUCCAAACGAUAGGUCUCGAACGCCAGGUCUUCCAAAACGAAAUUCUGUAGCUGGUGAUGGAGCAGCACCAUUUACAAAUACAGCUCCUGGUGGUAGUAAAGAAGAAGUAAGCCCUACGGGGAGUGAGCAUGCUGGUCCAAUACAUAAUAACGAAAUUCUGUCGUCCUGCAUUAUCACUGAGUGGGACCAUACUCUCAUGCCUCCACAUCGUCUUUUAAGUCAUGAUUUACCUACAACAAGUUGCAUGUGCGUUGCAUCGCCGGACGAGGAUGAAAUAAAUGAACCAAAUAAGGUUGCGCGGCAUCAAGUGCGCAAAUUACGUAGAGCACGUAGAAUUGAACCGCAACAGCCUGUGCUCGUUGAAUACGACGCUGAAGCAGAACGAGCUGGAGACGAAGCGGAUGUUGAAGAGGACGAAGCUGCUGACGCUGAAGAUUACGACGACGAAGAUAUGGCGAGGCAACGACAACUUUAUGAAACAGCCUUUGAUUGCAAGGUUAACCGUUCUGAUGAUGAUCUUGAUGAUGUUGAUCGGCUUACAAAUCAUGCAGUUUUACAUUCUCAAUUAAGAAUUAUUAGUAGUGCACAAUCACGAGCAAGUUCAUCGACAGAUGGCUCUAAGAAAAAUUCUCAGUAUACUGGUCAAUUGGCGAAAGAUAAUAGACGAAAAAUUGUAGUAUUGAAACCAAAGCCAAUCCCUAUUCGAUUGCAGCAUAACCAACCUGAUGCAUUGUCUAAUUUAUCACAUGAAAUUGAGUCUCUUCAAAUAAACUCUGGUGAUGAAAACACAUCAUCAAGGUUGCCUGUGCGUGGAUAUACUCAAUCACCACCUUCAACGGCUCCUCUACCAGCAAAAUUUCACAAUAACAAAGAUCAUUUAUUGUUGAAUAUGCAUAGUACACCAAAUCUUCCAUCACAACCAGAUCAAUCGAGAUUAAAAGACAUUAGGCUGCCAGUAAAAUCACUCAAGUCUAAUGAAUCACAUCAGAGUAAUGACGGUAUUCUGGAAAUUAAAAGUCGACCAAAAAGUUUAAUUCAAGAAAAUAAUCAAUCACAAUUACGAAGAGGUGACAAAGAUUUUAUUUUAGAAUUUAAAGAAAGGCCAAAAGAGGAAAGACAGAGACCACGAAGUUUAAUUCGUGAAAAUAGACCGAUCAUGGAAUUUAAAGGAAGGCCACAUGAAGCUGAGAGUGAUAUAUUGCGAUCAAGACGUGAAGCUGGAAUUAUAGAAUUUAAACUCCGUCCAACUAGACGCAGAAUUGGUUAUUCCAGCACAGAAAGUAUGGCAACUAGUAGCAGUGGUGGAAGUAUGGAGUCAAUCAGAAGCAGUACUAGCGAGGGAAACCGAUCUACCAGUAGCUCAGAGAGUCGACACAGUACGAGCUUGAGCUCACACAGUUCUGAUAGUGGAAGUACUAAUUGCUUCCACCAUCAUCAUCAUCAACCGUCAGCAACUCUCUCGGGGUUUUUAACUUACCAUGCUAGUAAACUUCAUAUACUAUCUCCAAUUUCCGAUAAAUCCUCUCAAGAGCCAGCCUCAGAGACUUCUGAAAAUAAUCGAAAUAAUAAUUCUCAAAAAGCCUCACCAGAAGAAUCAACUCAAGAGAAUAUUAUUGUCAAUACAAAUAAUACAAACAAUACAAUUAACACAAACAAUACGAAUAAUACAAAUGCGAUAACAUCUAUUGUUGUUUCGCCAUCAGAUAAUUUAUUUAAAAAACGGAGAACACCUCAAAAUAAAAAUCUCAUAAAUUUAGCUUUGCAAUCAUCAUCGUCAGGUGAUGCUGAAAUACAAGGCUCGGAUAGUGGAAUUUCUAUUGAAUCACGAGCUGGUAUUAAAUGCAAGCCAUUUCAAUUUCAUUUAAUAAAACCACAAUUAGACAAUAUAAAUAUUGCUGAUAAUGAACCAGACUUAUCUGAUCUUCCUUUUGACAUGCCAAAACUUCGAAGAAGACGUCUUCAAAUUCAACAAGACGCAACGACUUCUGGUAGUGCUACCAGUGUUGAUCUUCGAGAUCUUCCAUUUGAUAUGCCAAAAUUAAGAAGAAGAUUAAGAUGUACUCAAAGCACUGAAUCUAGUGCAUCACAAGCCUCAUCGAGUUUAUCUGUUCGUGAUAUUGAGCCUGCAAUAUUUGGCGGCGGCACGACGCGACCAAAGAUGACUCUGAACUUGGAUAGUAGUGGAAAUAAUGGAGUUAACGGAGUUGGUCUUCAAAUUAUGAAAAAACCAGGUGGUCUUAGCCUUGGACUUCCACUUGAAUUAACCACAACACGAGCAUCUGCUGAUCUUGUUGACGUUGACUUACCCCUUGAAAGACAAGGAUGGUAUCAUGGAUCAUUAACAAGAAUCGAAGCUGAAGCAGUACUUCGAAUUCUUCGUGAAGGAAGUUAUCUUGUUAGAAAUAGCGAGUCAACUAAACAAGACUAUUCUUUAUCACUAAAAAGUGCUCGAGGUUUUAUGCAUAUGCGAAUCCAGAGAAAUGAUGAUUUAAAUGCUUAUAUCCUUGGACAAUUCAGCAAACCAUUUGAGACUAUCCCGGAAAUGGUACGCCAUUUUAGUGUUAAUCGUCUUCCUAUACGUGGAGCUGAACAUAUGUGUCUAUUGCAUCCAGUUAUAGCACAACUUUUGUAGCGCAUUUAUCGUAGCGACCUGUAAUGGGCGCUGAAUAUUCCAAUUUAAUAAAACUAUUAAGAAAAAAUUUCAUUUAAAUUUUUGCGAAGAAUGGACCAUGGUUUAGUGUAUUUAAAACACAGCCAAUUUGUUUUUACAAGUAAAAUAUGCGAGUUGACUUGUAAAAAGACAAUAAUUGAAUCAAUUGAAGAAUUAAAUUUCAUGGAUAAAUAUUUUUAAAUAAUUAAAAAACACUCGGUUACAGUUAUAGUACAAAGUACCUAUAUCAUGGCCAGAUUAUUUAAUUAAAAUUACAACAAUUUAGAAUGUCAAAGCCAACAAAAAUACACCUCAACAAUUAAUAUUCAGGGAAAAUUCAAAAUUUAGUUAAAUAAACUUUUGAUACAUUAUUUGUCUUCCCUUUUUAAAAUAUAAAAAUUGCGCCAAUCUACCUCGGUUAUGAGCUGAACGAUCAGUUUUUGCAAUAAUUCAAAAAAAAAAUAAAUAAAUGAACCGUCUUAUUGAUUUUCAAUUAUAUGAAAAAAAAAAAAACCAAAUCAAACAUAGAAGAAAAGAAGGCAAAAUAGAAUAAUUCUAAAGCACUGAAAACACUUGCAGGCAAGUAACACUACAAGAAAAAAAAUAGAGGUGACAAAAUGAUGUAUCACACUCUUAACUUGUAAGAAAUAAUUGGCUACGUGGCGAUACUCUAUCAGAUCACAUUGAUACCAAAAAAAAAAAAACACGCGAUGAUAGUGGGUAAUUUAGCACCGGAUUAUAAAAACAAUUACAAGCAUAGUUAUAUCGCUUAUUGAUUAGAAAAAGAAAUGUAAAUAGAUUAAAAAAAAAAAAAAGAAAACGUGA